AUGGUCGAAAGUCAAGGUAUGGCUGAGGAGCUUCUGCAAGCAGUCGACCGGCUGCGAAUCUCGUGUGAACAAGCAGCCGAAUCUGGCAAUACUGUAGACGCAAGACUGCACGAAUCGCAACCGAGGAUAGCUAGGCGGCCAACGCCAGAGGACGUUAAAGCGAAACUCGAAAAGGAGUUUCUCACCCCGCCAACAGAGUUCGGGCUUGAAUGGCUGAACAAAGUCCAAAGGCGAUGGGAGGUCCCCGUAGAUUAUCAUGGGCUCUUUGAGCUCGCUCCCACACAAAGUCGUACCGUCACACGCUUCGUACGAGAAGGUCUAGAAGGUAAAGUCAUUGGCUACAAAGAAGUCACAGUGCCCGCCAACAGUGCAACUGCCAAAGACUCGACAUCAAUCCUAAGGAAACCGGCCAACCGGGCAGAUUUUGUUCGAGGCGCCGCUGGAUUCUUUCCUUUUGCUCCAGGUGGACUUGAUAGCGUCACUGCCGUGGCAGCCUUGGAAGACCAAGCGAUUCGCGAUGACAAGGACACAGAUCACAUGAAGGGGAGCAAAUUAGACAAAGUCAUUAACUUUAGCUCGAAGGAUGGAUUGCUUGAAGUUGCCCCAGGGUUUUCUCGAGGUAUUGACUUUUCUAAGGCGAAGCGUCAAGUCAACAGGACUACUGAAAGGCAGGUUGUGGAAUCUCUCGCUGAUGUAUCGGGCGACGCAACUCUCUCAGACGGAGAGAGCGAUGCCAACGAAAGUGACCUCAAGACACGGAACGAUGAUAUAGAGGAUGAUUCAGCGGCUGACGAGGAAGAUAUCGAUGCCCUCCUGCCUGUCGAAUUCCCAGCUUUGGAAGCGCGGGGCGUCCUUGCAGCAUCCUCAGCUCGGAAAGGCCGGGAAUGGGCGCAUAUGGUCGAUGUGAGAAGAGAAAUCACCAACUUUGGAGAGCUAGUUCCUGAUUUGGCGAGAACUUGGCCGUUCGAGCUCGACACUUUCCAGAAAGAAGCCGUUUACCACCUCGAAAAUGGUGAUUCGGUCUUUGUUGCAGCUCAUACCUCUGCUGGAAAGACCGUUGUCGCUGAGUAUGCCAUUGCUUUAGCUGCUAAACACAUGACCAAGGCUAUUUAUACGUCCCCGAUCAAAGCAUUGAGCAACCAAAAAUUCCGUGACUUUCAAGGGGGAUUCAAUGACGUUGGAAUCCUCACCGGAGACGUACAAAUAAACGCUGAAGCAAGUUGUUUGAUCAUGACAACAGAGAUUCUGCGAAGCAUGCUCUAUCGAGGUGCGGACUUGCUUAGAGAUGUGGAAUUUGUCAUCUUCGACGAAGUUCACUACGUAAAUGACCUAGAACGUGGCGUUGUAUGGGAGGAAGUUAUCAUCAUGCUACCAGAUCAUGUUUCGGUAGUGCUCCUCUCCGCUACCGUACCUAAUACCUAUGAGUUCGCGUCAUGGGUAGGGAGGACGAAGAAAAAGGAUAUUUACGUGAUCUCGACCCAAAAACGCCCAGUACCUUUGGAACACUAUCUAUGGGGUGGUAAGGAGAUGCAUAAGGUCGUGGACGCUAAUAAGAAAUUCUUGGAUCAGGGCUGGAAAGAAGCAAACGCAGCGAUGUCUGGUCGUGACAAACAAAAAGACCAGAGUCGGUCAAAUGAGACUACUGACACCCGGGGAGGAGGUAAUACUCGGGGCGGUAGAGCCCAGCCCCAACGAGGUGGACCCCAGGCAAGGGGACAGCAGAGAGGAGGUCCUCUGCAACGAGGCCGAGCCAACCCGAAUCGGGGUACUGGCAAUAUUGCAAGAACAGGUCGGGGUGGUGGAAGAACCACAGCAGCACAAGACCGCAAUGUAUGGGUGCACCUUGUCCAACACCUUCGCAAGAAAGACCUGCUCCCAGCAUGCAUUUUCGUCUUCUCGAAAAAACGAUGUGAGCAGAAUGCUGAUUCACUUUCGAAUCUUGACUUCUGUACUGCUACAGAGAAAAGUGCGAUCCAUAUGAUCAUCGAGAGAUCAAUUGCCCGUCUCAAGCCCGAAGAUCGCGACUUACCCCAGAUAAGGAGGCUACGCGAUCUGCUCAGUCGAGGUAUUGCGGUACAUCACGGUGGUUUGUUGCCUAUUGUUAAAGAAUUGGUCGAAAUCCUUUUUGCAAGGACCCUGGUCAAAGUUCUCUUCGCAACAGAGACCUUUGCUAUGGGCCUUAACUUACCAACAAGGACUGUCGUCUUUUCUGGCUUUCGCAAACAUGACGGCCGAGCCUUUCGAGAUCUACUACCUGGCGAGUAUACACAGAUGGCAGGUAGAGCUGGACGAAGAGGCAUAGACUCUGUCGGAAGCGUAAUCCUCGUGACUCCAAAUAAUGAUGAGGCUCCACCAGCGGCAUCAUUACGACAAAUGAUACUCGGCGAUCCUACAAAAUUGAGAUCACAAUUCAGACUGACCUACAACAUGAUACUGAACCUUCUCAGGGUAGAGGCGCUCAAAAUAGAGGAGAUGAUCAAACGAAGCUUCAGCGAGAAUGCCACACAGGCUUUGUUACCAGAGCAGGAGAAGCAAGUCAAGAUCUCUGAAAGUGACCUGGCCAAAAUUAAAAGAGAGGCUUGUGAUGUGUGUGAUAUUGAUUUAGAAAGAACUCACAAGGCGGCGAUGAGGUUUCAGCAAGCUACUCAAAACAUUUAUGCAGCCCUUGUUGCUACUCCAGUAGGGAAACGCAUGUUUACACCUCGACAUUUGAUUGUGUUCAAGAGAAACGGUGUUCGAAUGGUAGGAAUCAUGUUGAGAGAAGGCGUCAGCAGAGGUCUUGUUCCUCACGUCGAGCUCCUGUCGUUGGGUACUAAGAACGCAACCCGCCUUUCUAGCGAUCUAUUGCCCUAUCUGCCUCGUUACCGAUCGCAUUUUCCCAAAUUACCAACCGAAGUAGCGGGAAUGGAAUUAAGGAUUAUGAAGGUACCGCUCACAGACGUAGAAGCACUGCUGGAUUAUUCUGUCAAGAUCCCAAUUGAUAAGCUGCUAAGACUCGACCCAGAAGGAAUCAAACGGAUGGAGGAUGAGAUGAAGGACAUUCUUGUGAAUUGGAACAAUGCCAAAUGGGACGAAGUCGAUUGGGUCAAGACUAGAGAUAUGCAGACCAGGAAUCUGUUGGAUGCUCGUAGGCAAGAUGCGGCUGACGCGCAAUUGGGCCACUGCUUUGACUGUCCACACUUUGUCAAACAUUUUGCGAUGUACCACGAUGAAUGGCUGAUCAAGGAAAACAUCUCUCAGUUACGACAGCUCAUGUCCGAUCAAAACUUGCAGCUACUCCCAGAUUACGAGCAGCGCAUCGAGGUACUGAAAGACCUAGGGUUCGUUGAUGCAAGUUCAAGGGUCGAAUUGAAAGGCAAAGUGGCGUGCGAAAUCCAUUCGGCUGAUGAACUCGUACUGACGGAACUGAUCCUGGAGAACGUCCUGGCAGAUUUCGAGCCGGAAGAGAUUGUUGCUCUCUUGUCCGCCUUUGUAUUCCAAGAGAAGACGGAUAACGAGCCAACACUGACAGCACAUCUUGAAAAAGGCAAGGGCAGCAUCAUUGCAAUCUCGGAGAAAGUCAAUGAGUACCAGGUGCAGCAUCAAGUCAUCCUCUCGAGCGAUGAGUCCAACGAGUUUGCUAGUGAGCCUCGCUUUGGGAUGGUAGAGGUUGUGUAUGAGUGGGCCAGAGGAAUGUCAUUCAACCGCAUUACAGACUUAACAGACGUGCUGGAGGGAACAAUCGUGCGAGUCAUCACGAGAUUGGAUGAGACGUGCCGGGAAGUCAAGAAUGCGGCAAGAAUCAUAGGCGAUCCUGAACUUUUCACGAAGAUGCAAACGGCACAAGAGAUGAUCAAGCGCGACAUCACCGCCGUCGCGAGUUUGUACAUGUAG